AAUCCAUAUCCUCUAUACUCUCCUACACAAACCAUAUUACACCUUACAUUUUAAACCAUGUCAUUCACAUCCAAAUUGCCUUUGGUUCUGUUCUUCUGUUCCCUUUUUAUCCAUGCAUCAUUAGCUGAAAUUGUAUGUGAGGAGUUGGCAAAGGAUGCAUGUGCUUUCUCAAUAGCUUCUUCAGGGAAGCGGUGUUUGCUGGAGACGGCGAAGGCGGCAAAUGGUGGCGUGGAAUACCAGUGUAGUACAUCAGAAGUGGCGGUGGAAGGGAUGGCAGAUUACAUAGAAACAGAUCAAUGUGUGGAUGCAUGUGGAGUUGAAAGGAAUUUUGUUGGUAUUUCAUCUGACGCACUCCUUGAGCCACAAUUCACUGCCAAAUUAUGCUCACCAUCUUGUUACCACAAGUGUCCCAACAUUGUUGACCUUUACUUCAACUUGGCUGCUGCAGAGGGGGUGUUUUUGCCAGAACUUUGUGAGAAGCAAAGGACCAACCCUCAUCGUGCUAUAUUUGAGCUUGUGAGCUCUGGAGCUGCACCUGGCCCUGUUUCUGAUGCGUCAGAGGACAUGCAAGCAGCACUUGCCCCUGCUCCCCAAUAA